AUGAUAGAAAAUUUUAAAUGGAAAAAUAAUUUGGAUAUUCUUAUAGAAAAACCUUUGAUAAAAAUUAAAUAAUUAGAUCCUAAAAUAAUUGAAAAAGGAAAAGAAUUAAAUUAAUAUAUUGAAAAAUCUAAACUUAAGAAAAAAAUUAGAAAAAGCGAAAAAAGAAUAAUUAAAGAUAUAAAAAGUGAUUAAGCAGUUUAUGAUAAGAAGAAGCUUGAUGAUAAUAAAGUUUAAUAAGAAUAGAAAAAAGCAGCUAGAAAAAUAUUUAAUUAAAUUAUGGAUGAAUAGGCUAAAGAAGUUAAAAGAAUUAAAACAACUCAAAUUAAUUUUAAAAGAAAUAAAAAGAAAGGUAGAAGAAUGGCAGGAAAUAGAGUUUCAGAUUGA